AUGGAAGGCAAGAAAAUGGAAUUCCAGCAGACCUCCAAGGACAAGGAAAACCACGGCGCUUCCAUUCCGGGAGUUCAGCAGCCGACAAGCGUCGUCUUCGAAGUGCUCCCCCACCACAGACAAAUACUUGAUAAUUUGCGGAAAUACGAGAUGAAAUAUCGCCCAAAGCCAUGUUUUAUGCUCAUGCAGAAGGAAAUCAAUCAUAAGGAUCGCUCCAAGGUAAUUAACUGGAUGGUGAAGAUAUGCAAGAAGUACAAUCUGAACACGGAGACCCUUCAUCUAGCCGUCGGCUACCUCGAUCGCUACUUGACCCUACAAGUUAAAGAAGUGAAGAAAUCUAGUUUGCGUUUGGUUGGAGGAACAGCCUUGUACAUUGCCUCUAAAUAUCAACAGAAUGUGGAUAGUUUUAGCUUCCUCACCGAAGACAAUUACACCAAGAAGCAAGUGCUGGACAUGGAGAACAUUAUGCUUCAUACUCUCUCCCACAAUCUAUUCACACCGACUUCCUGUUGUUUUAUCAAUGCAUAUUUGGUGCUAUUUGAAAUGCCAAAUAAGCUGAAAUACUUGGCAAUGUACAUUUCGGAGCUGUCACUGGUGAAGGGAAAUAUCUUCAUGGGGAUUUUGCCCUCUUUGGUGGCAUCCGCUUCGAUUGCAUUGGCCCGUCAUCUCCUGGGCAUGGAUAUGUGGACACCGGAGCUGCAGGAGAUCACCACUUAUAAGCUAAAUGUUUUUAAGAGGGUGAUUCGCAAGCUUUCUAUUAUCCACAAAUCGGCAAAAAGCUAG